AUGGCGGCCGCCACGGCUGCGGGCGGGCUGCGGUCUGCGUCGUUUCCCCGUGUGCUGAGGGCGGUGGGGGCCCGCGGCGGGCUGUCGUGGCCGCGAGGCGGGAGGGCGGCGGCGGCGGGCUGGAGCAGGCCGGAGCCCGGCGGAGAAGCGCAGUACUGCGCCGAGCUGCUGCGAAAGCGUGACUAUGAAGGGUUUCUGUGUUCUCUGCUGUUGCCUGCAGAAUCUCGAACCUCUGCUUUUGCCUUGAGAGCAUUCAAUGUGGAACUGGCUCAGAUUAAAGACUCCAUAACUCAGAAGACUACAGGUUUGAUGCGAAUGCAGUUCUGGAGGAAAGCUGUAGAAGAUAUAUACAGCAAUAACCCACCACAUCAGCCAGUUGCUGUAGCACUGUGGAGGGCAGUUAAGAGGCAUAACUUGUCUAAAAUGUGGUUCACGAAGAUCAUUGAUGAAAGAGAGAAGAAUUUGGAUGAUAGAGCAUACCGUAACAUCCAGGAGCUUGAAGCAUAUGCUGAGAACACUCAGAGUGCUCUCUUAUACCUCAUGUUGGAAAUGCUGGGUGUGAAGGACAUCCAUGCUGACCACGCAGCCAGUCACAUUGGGAAAGCACAAGGCAUCGUUACCUGUUUGAGAGCUACUCCGUAUCACUGUACAAGACGAAAGGUCUUUCUGCCCAUGGACAUUUGUAUGUUGCAUGGAGUUUCACAAGAGGAUUUCAUAAGAUGCAAGCAAGAGAAAAAUGUGAGAGAUGUAAUCUAUGACAUUGCCAGCCAGGCCCAUGUUCACCUAGAACACGCUAGAUCUUUCAGUAAGAAGGUUCCUGUGAAGGCAUAUCCUGCUUUCUACCAUACGGUUGCUUUAGAUGAUUAUUUAUAUAACAUACGGAAAGUGGACUUCAAUAUAUUUCACCCGAGCUUACAAAAGAGGAAUACAUUAUUACCGUUGUAUUUAUAUAUUAGAACUUGGAAAAAAACAUAUUAAAAUUUUCUUAGCAUGAAGUUUGGAUUGCUGCUUUUUUUUUCCUCUCUUUAAUGACUUGGUAGAAUUGUGAAGUGUCUGCCUUCACACUUCUGCAAACUGUACAAACUGCUGUUCAUGGGAAGUAGCGGAUGUGCACGAACUGUAGCUGUCAGCUUGCUGGCAGUAGUGAAAUUUGUUCUUGGAAUACUAGGCUGAUAACUCUGCUUCACACAUCUGCCAAGUCAUCUGUCCUUGUCUGAGAUUACUUUCCUUGUCUCUUUUUUUGUAAUAACAGUAGUGUGGUAGAGUUCUUCUCGGACAAAUUCUGUGCUAAUGGAUACUUGUAAGGCUUUAUACCUUAGUGACAAAAAUCCAAAACCAACUCCCAAAAAAACCUUUGUACUCCAAAGCAGUAAAGUCAUUUCAGCAAAUACAUUGUGUAUCAAUUAAGCAAUUCUGUUUAGGGCAAAGUGCAAACUUUUUGUGCUAUGAUGCCUCAUAGCUAAAAGAAUGACUGCAUAUAUUUGGAUGUAAGAAAACUGUCAGGAAAAGCUUCAGCUUCCUUAAUUACCUAGUGUUUAUGUAGCAUUUCAAAAUGAUAAAAUUAGACCUGUAGUAGAGAAAUUAUUUAACUAAAUGUUGAAGUUGAGCUUUAGAAUCCUAGAAAAGCUCCAGGUUGGAAAAGACCUUGAAGAUCAUCAAGUCCAACCACAACCUGACCAUACUACCCUAACUAUCAGCCCUCUGCUAAAUCUUGUCCCUGAGCACCACAUCCAGGCAGAUUUGAAGCGCAUUCAGGGAUGGCAGCUCAACCACCUCCCUGGGGAGCCUAUUGCAGUGCUUAACAACCUUUCUGUAAAGAAGUUUUUCCUAAUAUCCAACCUGAAGUGACUCUGAGUAGUAGGAGAAUGGCUUUCCAACAGAUAGAACUCUUACAUGGUUAUUAUUUCUAACUCAGCCAAGCACUUUCGCUGUGCUCUGAGCUUGGCAUUGUCUUCCUCCUGCUCUCUCUGUUACCGGCCACAGCUGUCACUGCCAUGGGGGUCUGAGAGCCCCUUUAUUCACAUUCACUGUAUCUCUUAGGACACCCUCCAAUGUAACUUCACUGAAUUCUUUCUCUUUAAUACUAUUAAGAGAUGCAUUCUUGGAUGGUGCUGGGUCAUUUUAGUCCUCCCUCUUUGCAAAUGUACUGCUCUGUUUUUUUGGUGGGGAGCUUUGUACUCAGCAUCUCUUAAGAUCAAACUUUAAGUGCAAAAUACUUGUUUUUUAGCAAAAUAAUACUUCCUAACAUCUAGCUUGAUUCAGUUGCACAAAUCCAGCAGUCUCCUCUGCCAUCAUCCUCAUUCUAUUAAAUAGCUUUUAUCCUAGAGAUUUUUUUCAUCAGAAUUAAUCUCUCCAGAUGCUUGGUUGUAUAACAGCAUCCUGUAUUUUGGUGUACAAUGCUGCACAGCACGUUUCUGAGAAGAUUGGUGGCUUUUUUAACCACAGAAUCUGCAAGCGUGGUGGAAGUCUCAGGAACCCAGUGUUAAGUCCUUCAUUCAGUGGUUUUGUUAUAUAUGUUUGAAGUUGGUUUGUGAUGUAGAUCUUAGUUAAUUCUGUAUUUUCCUAUGCCUCAGUAAAACAUUUCUCUUUGAA